GCCCGGAGCCCCGGAGUCGCGACACCCCAGGGAUGCCUGUGCCCCAGACGACCCCAGCCUGCAGCCCCCGCGCCUUCCUGAGGCCCACCUGGAGCAUGUUGCCUGCAGCCAUGAAGGGCCUCGGCCUGGUGCUGCUGGCCGCUCUGCUGUGCUCUGCCCCCGCUCAUGGCCUGUGGUGCCAGGACUGCACGCUGACCACCAACUCCAGUCAUUGCAUCCCGAAGCAGUGCCAGCCGUCAGACACGGUGUGUGCCAGUGUCCGGAUCACAGAUCCCAGUAGCAGCAGGAAGGAUCAUUCUGUGAACAAGAUGUGUGCCUCGUCCUGUGACUUCGUGAAGCGGCACUUUUUCUCGGACUAUCUGAUGGGCUUCAUUAACUCUGGGAUCUUGAAAGUAGACGUGGACUGCUGUGAGAAGGAUGUGUGCAACGGGGUGGCGCUGGGGGGGCGCGGCUCCUGGGCCCUGGCUGCGGGGCUCCUGCUCAGCCUGGGGCCCACCCUCCUCUGGGCUGGGCCCUGAGGUCCCCUCCCUCCCGCAGAGCUUCCGAACU